AUGGGGUGGCCUGCCCUGUGGACCCUCCUGCCCCUCCUCUGCUCCUCCCAGACCCUGGGCCAGGAGGGAGGCACCUGUCCAGAUAUGAAGAUCGUGGGUCUGGAGGCCCAGGACAAAGUGGCCGUCAUCCAAAGUUGCCCUGGCUUUCCUGGCCCACCGGGGCCCAAAGGUGAGCCCGGAAUCCCCGCCGGGAGAGGGGAGCGAGGCCCUCAGGGCAGCCCGGGGAAGAUGGGGCCGGCUGGGAGCAAAGGAGAGCCAGGAGCUAGAGGCCCCCCUGGGGUCAGAGGGGAGAAAGGCGCCCCGGGGGCUGCAGCCUCACUGGGGGCAAAGGAGCUGGGAGAUGCACUGUGCCAGAGAGGACCCCGGAGCUGCAAGGACGUGCUGGCCCGGGGCGGCUUCCUGACUGGCUGGUACACCACCCACCUCCCCGACGGCCGGCAGCUUACCGUGCUCUGUGACAUGCAGGUGGACGGCGGGGGCUGGACCGUUUUCCAGCGACGUGUGGAUGGCUCUGUGGAUUUCUUCCGGAACUGGGAAUCCUAUAAGAGAGGCUUUGGCAACCUUGGGACCGAGUUCUGGUUGGGCAAUGAUUACCUGCACCUGCUCACAGCUGGAGGGAAUCAGGAGCUCCGGGUCGACCUGCAGGAUUUUGAAGGUGAAGACUCUUAUGCCAAGUACAGCUCAUUCCAAGUGUCUGGAGAACAGGAGAAAUUCAAGCUGUCCCUGGGGCAGUUUCUUGGGGGCACUGCAGGAGACUCCUUGGGGAGCCACAAGAACAUGUCGUUCACAACCCACGACCAGGACAAUGACAAGCAUAGCCUGACUAACCGUGCAUCUGUGUUCAAGGGGGCCUGGUGGUACUCUGAUUGCCACCAGUCCAACCUCAACGGGCGCUACCUGCCCGGCACCCACUCGAGCUAUGCUGACGGCAUCAACUGGAAGUCUGGCCGGGGCCACAAUUACUCCUACAAGGUCACUGAGAUGAAGAUCCGGCCAGCCUAG